UUGGUGGGUUAGUCACAUACUCAGCCAGAAGUCAAUGAUUUCUUUCUUACGUUUACCUUAUCAGUACAACAAAGCAUCAACAUCCAAUGAUAUCUCUGGUUUUGUUUGAUAGCAUGCUUAUCAACCUGUGAAUGAACACUAACGAACCAAUUCAAGGUACUAGACAGCAGCAAGAAGUAAAAGUGGAGACCAUUGUAGUUUCAAUGCUCAUGAAAGUAACACUUGAAUAGAAGAAAAAACUGAAUCGGCCACUGCCAAAAUGGCAUCUGAAUCGACAGCGAACCUCACGGAAAGAAUGGAGAACACCAAUCAGGAUGAUUCUUCGAAGGACGAUAAAGGCACAGAACAGGUGGAUUUGAGCUUGGGGGAUCUGGUUCAAUCCAUCAGCCGAUUGGAUUUGAAUAGUUAUGCCACGAGGAAGUCCUUCGCCCAAGGAAUGCUGGAUCUAGCCUUGUUGACUGCUAAUGCAUCUCAGCUGAAAUUUCUUCUAACUGUUGGCGUAGCUCACGAGUUCUAUCACCUGCUUUUGACGCUUGUUAUUCUAUCGAUUUCGCUGCAGGUCUUCCAAGCAGUUAUGAUUAUCAUUUUGGCCAUUGUUCUCGAUAUCAACAAAGUGGAACAGCACAGGAAAUCGGACAUACUGAACAACCUGCUCAUAAUAUUCACAGUUAUCAGUGUGGUGAUCAACGUCAUAAUCAGUGCAUUCGACAUGAAAAGUCAGGGUGAUCUCCUGCAGGUUAAGUGAAUAUAACAUUUAUAAACCCGAUCAGAUAGUUUGGAUAGUUUGCUAGUGAAAUAACUUAGGUAUCAAUAAAAAAAAGUUAAACAAGUGGAUGCCAUGGACUAACAAUUACGUUUAUUGGGUUCGGUAUUUUGUUUUUUUUUACCUCACAUACAUUGAGCGAAGAAAAUUUUAAAUUGAAUGAGAGUGUUUGCUUUUAUUUGUGGUAUGAUUAAGAGAACAUUUUAGUUUAC